UUUACUGGCAUCUCUUAUUCCAUUUUACAACUCGUUACCACUUCGUGUAAACAAAGAACGAUGGAGAGAAGAAGCUUAUAUUAAAUCUCUCAUCAACUCUAGGAUAAGUGAUAAACGUCAACAGUAUAAGGAUUGUGAUGAAUCUGCAGUAAAUGAAGCACGUGAUUUUCUAUCUCUCCUUGUAUUGGCACGUGAUGAAGAAGGAAGAUCUAUCCCAGAUGACUUGGUGUUUGAAAAUGUUGCAGGCUUGUUAUUUGCAGGCUUUGAUACUACAAGCAUCACCCUGACAUGGACCAUGUUGCACCUGGCCAGCUACCCAGAGGUUCAGGAGCGUGCAAGGAAGGAGGUUCAGGGUGUGAUCCCCAACAUCUGUGAUAAUAUCACUCAUGAUAUGCUGGAUCAGUUACAGUAUUUACAUUGUGUGAUCAAAGAAACACAAAGAUUAUAUCCAGUUGUGUCCAACACUACAAGAGAGGCACUAUCAGAUGAUGUAAUAGAUGGUCUACCAAUCCCUGCUGGUACAAAGGUGGUGCUUCAUCUUGGAGCUCUACAUAGGAUGGAAGAGAAUUGGGAAAAUCCUGAGAAAUUUCUCCCAGAACGUUUCAUGGAGGACACUGAACCGUACAAACACUUGCCAUUUAUUGCUGGGCCACACAUGUGUAUAGGGCACAAAUUUGCCAUGCUUGAGAUGAAGAUGGUGUUGUCAAGUCUACUGAGAGAGUUUGAAUUCAGUCUUGUACCAAAUUACAAGUUUAAAAGAAUUCAAGCAUUGAGUGUGAAACCAAAGCCUCCACUUGUUCUAAAUGUAAGAAGAAUACAAAAUUGACAGGGAGAAAUAUGUUUGCUGUGUGUCUGAUAUUAUUAUACGUGAUUUAUAUUUGAUGAAUACUUUUAAUUUAUAUAUUACAAUUUUAUAAUAUUAAUUAUAUUUUUGUAUUUUGUUUUUAAUACUUUUUUAUUGCAACAAUGAAUAUAAACAUGGAUAUUCUAGUUUGUACAGAUGAGGGUUAAAUAAUGAAUAAAUGUUAUG